GAUAUAAAGCCAAUAGAGAUAGUUUUAAUUGAAAAUCAUAAGUUGCCUUUCUAAAAAUCAAUCAGUGUUUAGAUUAAAAUAUAAAGCUGUUACAACGUUGAUCAAAAGUGAAUUUAGUCAGUGAUAAUAUGAAGCUUUGAUUACAUAGAAACUUAAUUUUCUUUGCCGUCAGACAACUUCGUUCGACUAUACGAUGUUGUUUUUAUAUUUUGGUUCUUCUUUCUUUCUUUUUUCCUAUUUAACAAAGUAUGAAUUAGGUCCAUCACCAUGGACAAGAAAAUGGCCAAAAAUGGCUAGACCAGAUUAUCAUUAUUCAGCACCAGAAUGUUUGAAUCUAACAAAUAAUAAUAAUAUAUCAAGUUCAUUUGCUGGAUUUCUUACUAAAACAUCUACAGAUUUAUAUCAUUUAACUAAUAGAAAUAGUCCAGAUCAUACAAUAGAAACAACAAUAACAUCAACAGUAACAUCAACAAUGAAAUCUCGAUCUAAUUUAUCUCAUGAUAUACCUGGACCAUGGUCAGAUAUGUUUUCAUUAGGUUUAAUUAUUUGUGCAUUAUAUACAAAUAAUAGUCCAGCUGAAGGAUCAGUUCAAUGGUUACAAAAUAUAAAAAAACGUGGAUUUGAUAAUGAUUCAUAUACGAAUACAGAGAUAUCAUUUGUAAAUUGUAAAGAAAAUACUAUACAAGAAACUAGUACAGAAUAUCUUCAUGCAGUUCAAUUAAGUCAAAGUACAGAUAUACCUGAAGCAUUUCGAUUGUCAGUAUGUCGUAUGCCUUUAGAAUUAGUUGAACCUGUGGAAAAAUUACUAUCAAGGAAUUCACAAAAGAGACCUAGUUCUCAAUUAUUUGCUUUACUGAAAUUUUUCAACGAUCCUACAAUGUUACUAUUAGAUGGAAUUAUUAAUUUCGAGGUGAAAUCUGAUGAAGAUAGAACAAGAGCAUUACAAAUUUUACAAAAUAAUGCAGAAAAUUUAUCAAAACCAAUUCUUUAUGGUCGAAUAAUGCCUACAUUGAUUGAAUUACAUCAACAACUAGAAACAAGACAAUUUAAUAAACAAUCCAAUGAUUACAAUACAACAAUGUUAACAUCUCAUUACUCUGUAUCACAAGUAUCACAUGAAGAUAUUUGUAUUCAUUUAGAUUCAUUAUUAAUUUCUGGUUUAGCUCAUUUAAUUGAAGUUUGCUCUUCAAUGGAUUAUACAGAUUAUAUUGAGAAAGAUUUAAUGAAUAUCUUUGAUAAAAGUUCAAAUUUGAAAACAAAAAUGUGUUUAGUACGUCAUACACGAUCAUUUUUAAGACAAGUUCCAGACAAUGUAAUUGAACAGUAUAUUUUACCAUUAAUGAAACAAUGUUUAGUAUCAAAUAAUAUUACAGCUCAGAUUGUUGCAUUAAACAAUUUAGAAUUGUUAGUUGGAUAUAUUUCAUCUUCAGAUUUGGAGAUUAUUGUAUUACAGAAAAUUAAACAAGCUUUUCAAUAUAAUCAUCAACAGUUACAGUUAGCUUCAUUACAUUGUUUAGUCACUAUACUAACACGUUUAUCAGAUGCAAUUAUUCUGAAUGAUGUAAUACCAUUUCUUUUGACUGUUUCAAAUGAACUCAAGUUAAAUAUAAACAAUAAUAAGUCAGCUAAUGAAUGCGCCCAUGAUUUCAAUAUAGAUAUUGUCGAUGAUAAAGUUAAUGAUGAACAUGAUCAAACACAGAGUAAUCGUGUUGAACAACCGAUUUCUGAAUUAUGCAAUGCUUGGAAACAGUUACUGUAUACAAAAUCAUAUUUAUUGGAACCUCAAUUGAUUGUUACAGACAUUUUUCCAAGUCUACUACCUCAUGUUGUUGAUAAAAAAGUCAGUAUAACUGAGUUUCGUAUAUUAAUGUCUACACUAUAUGCACUACUGGAUAUAUUGGAUAUUCCAAAUGCAGAGAAUGAUGAUUUAACUGAUUCAAAAACACAAUAUCGAACUGUUCCGGCACUCACAGUUAAUCCUCCAAGUCUAAGCAGUGGGCAAAUGUCGAAAAGAUCAUCAAAAUGUGAAAAUCUCGAGGAUACAAGAAUGGGUCCAUCAAAAACUAUUGCUCGAACUGCUGCUUCGUUUGUACCAAUGUUACAUCCAAAUCAAAUUAAAGAAUUAGAAAAUAGUCCAAAUAUUACAAGACGAGCAAGUGCACAUGUUAUCUGUCCACUUCCCCCACAGAACAGUGAUUUACGCUUUGAUAAACCAACAAGUGAUAUAAAUUUAUCGGAUAAAAAGAAUUAUACAUCAUUUCUAGGUUUACAAUUACCAAGUGUAUCUAAACUACGUAGACAUAGUUGUGAUGCACAACGUCAAGAGAAAAACACUACAUCACAUAUACCAACCAAUAAAAUAAAUGAUAAUUUAUCUAGACGAAGUAGUGAUCAAUCAUUACAAGAUACUGAUAGAACGAAUUGGUAUACAAUUCCAAAAUCUCGUGGUUUGUUAAAUUCUGAAGAGAAAAAUUUACUUACUGCUCAAAUAUGUGAAGGACCAUUUAUUCGUACAUCAAAUAUACAAACAAAAUUGAAUUGGAAUUCAUCACAAGUCAAUGAACCUGUGAAACAAAUCACAUCAAAUAAUAAAUUGGGCAAUGAACUAAAUGUUGAACCUCGUACAUCAAGACGAUCAAGUUUGAUAGCAAUUGGUGAUUCAGUGAUAAAUCUAUUAACUAAAUAGACAGAGCAAGAGAGAGAGAGUGAGAGAGAAGGGGGGUUGAAGAGAAAUAACUCCUGUGACGUGUCAACCCACUAUCAAUGAAUUAAAAACAAAGAAACCCCCCCCCCCACAAAACUGGUCAUACACACUAAUCGGUCAAUGUCCAAUUGAACACAUUUCUUUUUUCAUGAUGAUGUAAUCAUAAUCAUAAUCAUUAUAUUCUCAUAUGUUACUUGAUAAUUCCAUGUAAAUUACAUCAUGUAUGUAUGUAUUAUUGUGUAAUUUCUUAUUCAAUACAUCAUUACAUUUUAAUUUCUCUUCCUUUUUCUUUUCUUUUUUGUUUCCUCUUUUGAAUGUAAUUUCUUUCAUGUUUUUAUUUUUUCCCGCCUGUUUUUUUUUAAAAUUGAGUUAGAUCAAUAUAAUUAUUUUUCAUUCAGUAAAACAAAAAAGAUGAUUAUAUAUUCAAUUGUGUAUUAAUUUUAUUUGGAUGUAAAUAAUCAUAGAAUAAAUGAAGGGAAUUUGUUU